UAAAAAAAUAAAAAAAACACGACAAGAAAAACAAAAGAAAAUUUGAACAGCAACGGCCAAGUGGCCACGCUGAGAGGAAAGGAAGUCGGAAAUGAGAAAUGAGGCGUGCUCGAAAGUCUAAUCCUUCCCCACAGCCCACAGUUUCUGUGAAGCCCUUCAGCUGCUGAUUGGUUUUGUUACAUUGCUUUGUAGUCGAUUGAGUUGGAAUACAGAACAAAUGGGCGAUUUUUCGGGUUGUGAUUCGAUAAGCAAUUUGCCUCAGGCCAUUAUAGAGAGCAUUCUCACGCGUCUGCCAAUAAGAGAUGCUGUAAGAACUAGCUGUUUAUCAACGAAAUGGAGAUACAAAUGGACUACUAUCACUCAUCUUUCAUUCGACGAAAAAUGUGUCACUCUAUCAAAUGACCGAGCUCUUGUUGAAAAAAGCCUCAUACGUUUUAUUACUCGGGCACUCUUUCUUCACCAAGGACCCAUUCACAAGUUCCAGCUUAAGACUUCAUACUUGCAGAGCUGCCCGGAUAUAGAUCAAUGGAUACUUUUUCUUUCAAGGAAUGAUAUCAAAGAACUGGUUCUUGAGUUGGGGGAAGGUGAUUGGUUUAGGGUGCCGUCAUGCCUUUUUUAUUGUAAAAAAUUGACCCGUUUGGAGCUAUUUCGCUGCGAGUUGGAUCCGCCUCCUGCUUUUAAAGGAUUUUUGUGUUUGAAGGGCCUGAAUCUUCAUCAGGUUUUGGUUACUCCUGAUGCAAUUGAAAGUCUUAUUUCCAGUUGCCCGCUACUUGAGAGUCUGGCUUUGUCAUACUCUGAUAGCUUAGCUCUAAACAUCCGCGCUCCAAAUCUCAGAUACUUGUGUCUUGAAGGCGAAUUUAAGGAUAUCUGUCUUGAAAAUACGCCGCUUUUGGUUGCCAUAUCUGUUGCCAUGUAUAUGACUGAUGACAUUGCUGAGCACUUUGAGCAAAGUUCAAAUUGCAAUUUUGUCAAGUUUCUUGGUGGCAUUCCACUUCUUGAGAGGCUUGUUGGGCAUAUCUACUUUACAAAGUAUUUGAGUAUAGGUAAUGACCUAGGAAUUCUUCCAAUUACUUACAACCGUUUAAAGAUUAUCGAAUUAUAUCAAGUAAGUUUCGAAGAUAUGAAAGAGAUACUAGUUGUUCUUCGCUUGAUUACGAGCGCUCCCAACUUAAAGGAACUUCAAAUCUCGGGAUCUUCAAAUACUUUAGCAGCAAUAGAAGCGACCGACUUGGAUUUCUGGGAGAAACAAUGCCCUUCCGACUGCACAUUCCGAAGGCUUAAAGUUGUGAAGAUGACAGAUAUGUCCGGAGUGCCACACGAGAUGGAAUUCAUGAAAUUUCUGUUGAAGAAAUCACCCGUGCUUGAGAUGAUGAGCGUUACGCCUUGCGCGUAUGUUUUGGAAGGACGGUUGAAUAUGUUGAUUGAGUUGGCGAGGUUUAAACGGGCAUCUCCGGAAGCAGAAGUUAUCUUCAUCCAAGAUUAGGUUGGAGUCUAAUUGUUUGUCUGAGAGAGCUGGCCUUUGCCUUUCAAUUGGGUUUUGUUGUUCUCUUAAGAGGUGACAGUUUGUUAGCAAUUGUCUACAAAGUCCCGUUCAAUCAUAUAAUAUAAACAAAAAGAAUAAUGACAUAGUUUGCAUUUAA